UUCACCUGGUCAGUCUGUAUCAUGGAAAGAGUAGGUGUUCAUAAUGUUUGUUACACUCAGUGUAUAUUGAUCACUAUUUAAAAAGUCAAUUUACAUCUCAACUUUAUUUAAAUACCAUUAAAACUGAGACACUUGGAGGAGAACCAGAAGAACAGAUGGACUGUUUUAAAUAGCAUUUGACAGGCCGCAGCUGAUCCAGACACCGUGUGUUUGUGCGUGCACACAUGAGCGUGUGUGUGUGGUAGCUGAUCCAGACAGGACUGUUGGCAAGGUGAGUGUAGCCUAGACAUCAAUAUCUCUGGGACUGAAGAUGAUGAGACAUAGAUCCAUCUGUGCUGACAGUAAUAGAUCUGACAUUUACUGCUAGAACCUGACUGACUCAAACCAGCCACAGCCAGCUCUUUAUUCAACAUUAUUCUGAUUCUGAUUUUGCAAAUAACUUUUUGUACAGAGUGCAUUGUAUGCGUUGCAUUGCUUGACUUGGGCAGGAGCUCACUGGAGCUGGAUACCUUCACCUCAAAUGUUCUCCUGCUUAAUCUCCUGUUGCUCAAAAGUAUUGUGGAUCUCCUGCACAGUAUAAACAGUACCGGCACCCAAAAUUAGUACUGGCACCUAUUUCAGUCCAAGUCAAGUCCUUAUGCGCUGCAAAGGAAAAAGUACAUGCAACGCUCAUGCAAAAUCACUGAUACGUGUCAGUCAGUGCCCUCCAUCAGACUCUCUACCAAAGUGCUAAAAUAGUAAUUACCCUAAUUCAUGUGUUGUAUAAAUACCUCUAUCUUGUUUCUCUCACAGCUUUCCUCCACUCAGCAAAGGGUUAAAGAACAUCCCCUUAACCCCUGCCUAUUCCUCCUCCACGUUACCCCUGUUUGCUCCUCUCCACCAGCUCUCCAGCCAAUCAGUGGCCUGGAUUCCUCUGGGCCAAUGGUAUGGCUAGGAGGUGAUGUCAUGCAGCAAUAGCUGGUUGUGGUGCUGAUGCUGCUGAGAGCACAGCCCAAACAGUAGAGAAAGAGGGAAGGAAAAAACCAAGAUAAAGACAUAGGAGAGUACCAUCAGCAUUGCUCAGCACAGGAAAUAUCUGAUUCACCACAGUGUCUUUAGAAGAAAAACAAGAGGCAGAAUGACUCUUGCAGCAUACAGAGACAAGAUGCGGGAGCUCCCUCUAGCGUCCAUCUUCUGUUCCUGCAUCCUACAUGAACCCAAAGAAAAGCCCACCAAGAAAGAAGGUGUGGUGGACCUGAACCUGUGCAUCAUCAGGGAUAUGGAGGUGAUUGAGCUGAACAAGAGAAGGUCCGGCCAGGCCUUCGAGGUCAUCCUGAAGCCACCCUCAUUCGACGGGGGUCCGAACACCCUCGCCAUCACACCCCCACGCAGGGAGCCCUCCCUGGAGGAGAUCCAGAGGAAGCUGGACGCCGCAGAGGAGAGGAGAAAGUGCCAGGAGGCUGAGCUGCUGAAGCACUUGGCAGAAAAGCGGGAACAUGAGCGCGAGGUGGCCCAGAAGGCCCUGGAGGAACACAACAGCUUCAUCCGGCUGGCCAAGGAGCGGCUGGAGCUGCGCAUGGAGCACAACAAGGAGAAACGGGAGGCACACCUGGCCGCCAUGCUGGAACGCCUGCAGGAGAAGGACAAGCACGCUGUGGAGGUGAGGAAAAACAGAGAGCACAAGGAGGAGAGCGGGUAGAGAGAGAGAUGGAGAGAGAGCGUGGGGCCUCUGUUUUGUUGAUUGAGAAAAGGAGAGAAGAGAAAAUACAACAAAAAAAGACAGUUUCUUAAAAUGGAAAUGGGAUUUGUUUGACAAAUGAGAAUUCACAGUGAUGGAAUAGGAGGUGUGCAUACAAUCUUUUUGUGCUUAUAAGUCAACAAAAGCAAAAAAUGGAAGUUGGUUAUUUUCAGAGCAGGCAGAGGUGGUUUCCUCAGAGCAAUGGUGGAGAGACAGAAAAUCAAGUUGUAGUUUUGUAGUGCCCUUGAGUGUAGCGGAGUAUAACAGCGUUAUGCACAAUUUAUAAACCACACUGAGUGGAUAUUGGCACAUUUUGUAGGCUUGGCAUUUAUAAUAGACCAUGAACCCAGGACUCCCUGGAAAACAGUGGAAAUUCCAACUUGGUGGACUAUCCUGGCUAAAUAAAAUGAAAAUAAAAUACAAUUAAUACAUAAUUAUUUGCAAGAAAUGGAAAUAUAUUCUGGUCAAUAAAAUCACUGACACACAUACUUAAAUUUAAAGCAUUCUACACAUCAUACUGGAUCUUACUUUUCACCACUUUUUGGCAUGUCAGUUUAUGUACAUAAAUAGGUGAGUAGUCUAGUGUUGAUAUGUUGUACAGAUGUAGGAUCUUAAUUUGAUCACUCUUUUGUUGCUGAGAAUUUACAUUAAAAUAAGGGUUUUUAAGGAGAAUAUUCUCUCUCUGCAGUAGUGAAAGAUAUUGGCAUGGUAUGGAAUAAAUAUAUGAAUUAACUCAGCUGACUUGCAUAAUACAGUACUAGGAGCAGAAAAAUAAGUUAUUGCCUCUGACAUCUUUCUUAGAGGUUGAUGUUUUAGUUAACUAAAACUCCUAGUAAUGUAUUACGCAAGCUAAAACAUGCAGAAAUGCAAACUUGAGAUGUAUUUGAGUUUUAAAAGGCUACUAAAUUUUGUAAUUUCCACUUUGAAAUCUCAGACUUGAUUUGCCCUAAUGAAAAAUGUAUCAACCCCCACAAAAUCUCUAUGCAUUAUAAUCACAUGAAUUAUAAUCACAUUUCCUGUUGCUGCAGGAUUAUUUUCCUGUUGUGGCAAACUAAGAUCCUACAUCUGUACUGCUAGUUUCUUUGUAUUUUUUUGUGAUUAGUCGUAGAAUGGACUGUGUUGCACGUAUAUGUACUACUUACAGAUGUAUGUGAUAUGUCACUCAAUAUCAAUUAAAAAAGUAAAAGUCA